AUGGUAAUUGAAGAGAAGGAGAGGAGUAAAGAGGAGGAACAUCAUGUCAAAAUUGAGGACAAAACUCAUUUACAGACUGAUUUUAAAAGGAGAGACAAUAAUUGUUUCACCUGCACUCAGUGUGGAAAGAGUUUUGGAAGAAAAUACAUUCUUAAGAUUCACAUGAGGAUCCACACUGGAGAGAAACCAUUCACAUGCACUCAGUGUGGAAAGAGUUUCAGCUGCUCAUCACACCUUAAUCAACACAUAAGUAUCCACACUGGAGAGAAACCAUUUACUUGCACUCAGUGUGGGAAUAGUUUCAGCCAAUUAGCACACUUUAAUCAUCACAUGAGGAUCCACACUGGAGAGAAACCAUUCACAUGCACUUACUGUGGGAAGAGUUUCAGCCAAUCAUCAAACUUUAAUAAACACAUGAGGAUCCACACUGGAGAGAAACCAUUCACAUGCACUCACUGUGGGAAGAGUUUCAGCCAAUCAUCAAACUUUAAUAAACACAUGAGGAUCCACACUGGAGAGAAACCAUUCACAUGCUCUCAGUGUGGGAAGAGUUUCAGCCAAUCAUCAAAUUUUAAUCAACACAUGAAGAUCCACACUGGAGAGAAACCAUUCACAUGCACUCACUGUGGGAAGAGUUUCAGCCAAUCAUCAAACUUUAAUAGACACAUGAGUAUCCACACUGGAGAGAAACCAUUCACAUGCCCUCAGUGUGGGAAGAGUUUCAGCCGAUCAUCGUCCUUUAAUUUACACAUGGUGAGCCACACUGGAGAGAAACUAUUCACUUGCACUUAAGCUGCGGUCACACUGGACUUUUCUCCCCAUAGACUUCCAUUCAUACGCACGUGAAUGCGUCAGACCGGAAACCAAGUUUGUGCAUCAAGUUUCGCAGUUCACUGCGUUGCAAAGUUCAAGCUUGGUGAACUCUGACCUGCAAAAUCACAUCACUUGACUAGGGCUGUGUAUUGUUCUAAAGUGUUCGAUACCGAUACCCUGAAUUCGAUACCGGUUUCGAACGAUACUUUUUUUCUAUACUUUUAUUUUAAGAAAUAAAUUUUAACAAGAUUACAUAACACAUAAUCUCAGAGAAACUAUUUUUUCACAGCAGGCUUAUCUUUAAGACCAAUAAACAAAGGAACAAAAGCACAAAAUGAACAAAGUG